AUGAUUCAAUUAAAGACGAUGCUUCAAUGCAUCGACAACUCGGGUGCCGCCCUUGUCGAGUGCGCCAUGGUCGUCGGCCAGAAGCGACACGCCCGCAUCGGCGACAGGAUAGUUGUCGUUGUCCAGAAGCACCGCGGUGCCGGUGACGGUGGCAUGGCUGGCUCUUCCGCCGCCAACAAGGUCAAGCGUGGUGACAUGCGCCACGCCGUCGUCGUCCGCACCAAGCAGCAGUCCCUCCGCCCCGAUGGCAGCAUCAUCCGCUUCGACGACAAUGCCUGCGUCCUCAUCAACAAGUCCGGUGACCCCGUCGGCUCCCGCAUCAACGGUGUUGUCGGCGCCGAACUGAGAAAGAAGAAGUGGAGCAAGAUUCUCUCCAUGGCCCCCAUGCACGCAUAG